AUGCAGCUUUGCAAGUGCAUGGCAGCCGCUGGUCAUGGAGCCGUAGCGCAAGCAGCUUGGAAGCGUGACCUUGAUCGCAGAAAUGAGCCCGGAUUGCUGGGCGCCAGCGAGCGUGCGCCGCGUGCAUUCGCACCUGAAAGGAGAAAAGUGUAUUCUUCUCUUGAGGAAUACGCGGUUCGCCGCAGCGGUCUGGCUUGCGAGACCGAUUCUGGAAUGGACGAUCAAUUCCCUUCCCGUUUGCUCCGAUUCGGGAGGAGAUUCGUGCCCGGGAAGUGGCGUCUUGUCGUGUGCUGGCGCCAGGGAAGGAGGCUGCUCCCUCGGGUUUUGCGUCGUCUUAAUGCACGUUCGUUUGGGACUUCGAGGGCACUAAACAGUGUCAUCGUGACAAAUGUUGAAAAGGAGGCCACGAGACACAGCAGCAACGCGCACUCGCUGGUGGAGAGAGAGGCGGAGCGCAGCAACAGUAGCAGCAGCAGCAGCCGCGUGGAGCUCGACACGGCCACGGAGGAGGAGGACUUCGACGACCACACGGACGCCGAGACGACCACAACCAGCGCCACCACCACAGUAACUACCCCCACCACUACCACCACUCCGUCGUCGUCGUCAUCGUCGUCUUCGGGAACGACCACCAACACGACCUCCACCGCCACCGCGUGCAGCCCCACCGCCCCGCCCCCCCAGAGCGGGAAGCGCAAGGUGGAGCCGCUUCGGGACGGGAAAGUGGGCGUGUCCAUCACCAAAGACAACAGCGACAGCCCACCCUCCAAGCUCGCCCGCCUCGCCUCGCCCAAGUCCCCCUCGCACGCCCGCGACGACCAACACAAGUCUCCCAAAACGCCGCAGUCCGCGGGCGUGCCGUCCUCCCCGACGUCCCCCGCCCCACACACGCCCAAGAUACCCAAGAGUCCGCCGGCGACGCCCACGCCCACGCAGGAGGCAGUGAAGGGCAUCCCCGAGACGCCCGAGUCGCCGGCCUCGACGCCGCACGUCAACGGCGACGCGAAGGAGGAGCCGGCGGGCGAAAAGAAAGAGACGGUCAAGGAGGACCACGAGGAGGGCGUCUACGAGGACGGCGAGGAGGAGGAGGAGGAGGAAGAGGAGGAAGAAGAGGUGCUGGUGGCGCCCGACCCGACCUACUGGUACCAGCGGAACCCACUGGCGGACGAGAUCUUCAUCACCGACGUGACAGCCAACCUGAUCACGGUGACCAUCCGCGAGUGCAAGACGCGCCAGGGCUUCUUCAAGGGCUCCACGGACGAGAACCAAAACUCGCAGUCGUCCAUCAAAUGAUCGGGCUCGGGCUCGGUGCUCGUCGUCUGAGGAAAAUUGUACAACUUAGUGAAUCACUCGCUAUAAGUGUUUUGUGCAUCCCCACGAAGAUAUUUUGCAUAAUUAUGCGAAUAGAAAAAUGUGAUUUUGGAAGUGAUAUUCCCCCGAUGCGGAGCUGGUGCCUCCCUCUAGCUACAUUCGUUCUGUCUUGUCUGCAAACCCAACACUGACGCCUGUCUGUCAGUGGCUGCUGCAUCGCCGUUUCUUUGAUUCUUUUGAAGGAUUGUUACAUUAGCUGCCAGAAAAUGUCAUCCCAGCAAAGUGUUGCCUUGAUGUCCGUGUAAAGGGCCUGGUCAUUAACAAAAGUUAGUCUUCCAGUACUGGUGGUUGGCAAGGGACUUGUACUUGUGUGUGAAGCGCAAGUAUGGCAAAGACUAUACAUAAUGUGUAUAUUGGCUAGAUUAGAAAUUUGUUAUUAAUUUCAUUCGGUUGUGGGUGUAGAAACGAGUUCAUUCUAUAUUUAAUGUUAAUGAGUUCACAGCAGUUUUGGGACCAGAUAUUUUAGUGGUAUUUAAAUUUGUUAAAUGUUGUGUAAUGCACCUAUAUUGAAAUAAUGUGUAUGAGAGAAUGCGAAGCGCACCGAGGAGGAAAUCUGGUGUGAAACGAUCCCGAGUUUUGUAAUAUAUCUUCAGGCAGGAUCCACUGAUGCACUCUACAAGUGAAACGUGCUGUGUCCCAGUGUCCUUAUGAAAUACAAUUAUGCAUUCUUGUCAUUACUUUGGCACAGCCAGGGAGAGGACUUUUACGGGGGGUUGAGGCGCUGACCCCCGGCCAGACUGCUUCCGGUUAAUGAGGUCAACCACACAAGGCAGGUCCUAGCGCCGUCUCGAAGAAGAAGAAGAGGAGGAGCAAUAGCCAGGGCACGAGGAAAAAGAGGAGCAAGAAGCCUUAGGAUGUCGCUGUGAGGAUCCCUGACAAUAAGGAGGCGUCGAGUCCGUGGGCGAGUGCUGUGGGGCGUGCUGGGCCGCCCUGGCGUCCCGGCGGAAGAGGAGAGUUGCAGUGCCCGGCGGGAGUUCCAGCGGCGCGGUGCGUGGCCCACCCGGUGCCGUCAGAUGAUCGUCGGAUCCGCGGUCGGUCACGCGACCCACCGCCCCGUCCAGGCACUUGAUCCGUGGCGCCUUCAGGUCGGGCUUGGCCCUCGUGUGCUCCAGCCCCUCCGGCCGGAGCGAAGGGAGCGCUUUUAUCUGAGCGGAUUAAUUUGAUUAUAAUUAUAUUUUUAUUACUUCUCUGUACUAAGGAUCCAGAUUGCUCAGAUCCGAACACGAGGCCAAAUGGAAGUGAUGUAUUUAUUGCUGAAAUAGUUCAGUCUUGGAUUCGAGCCGAAGGACGCGGCGCGCAACGGCUGUUCCCCGGCCAAGAGGACAGGCGAGGCGAGACUCCAGGCCCCCAUAUGCAGUUAGAUAGUAAUGAAGAAUAAAGGAUGUGCGAGAAACGGGACUGUGGCCGCUCCCAAGGUCGCUGGGACUUUCGCCGGACGCCCGGGCGCGCGCGCGCAUGCACCUUGGCGGUCCUGCUCGCUGUUGUCAUAUAAAGUACCUUAUUUUUCCACGGUAGCUUUAAGGCCACAGUCCCGCGUCUUCAUUCCGUUAUUUAUUCUCUUCUUUUCUCUUCUCUCCUCUCCUCUUCCCUUCUCCCUUUCUCUUUCUCUUUCUCUUUCUCCGACCUCGUGUAUGCUGAAUACGAUUGACGUGUUGUGACUGACCAUGGUGACCAAGUUGCGUCCUCCUGCGUGGCGGACUGUUCGACCCUCGUCUCAGCGGCGGAAGCAUGAAGUCUGCAUUCCCCGUUCAUUAUGCUUACGUUUCUUCUCUCUAUGCUGUCCUUUUGUAUGCUGAACUUCGCCCAAGUCAUGUAUUUACAUUCUGAUGAAAUAUUCCUAUGUAUUUGCUUCCUGAAAAAUAUACCCCUGUCUCCAGUCAUAAUAUACUUUAUAUAUCUAUAGAUGCAUUCCCUAGGGACGUGUGAAUAUAUAUUCUUUAGGAUGUGUGUUUUAUGUGUUUUUUCUGAUUUUAUGUAUAUGUUUGAAUAUUUUGAUGGGUGCACCGAAACUGUGUGAAAGCCAAGGUUAUGUGGUUGAUGCGUGCUUGUCGAUACCUCUUAACGUCUAGAGGAAAACGUUGCAUAUCUUAAUUUUCGUGAUGAGUUUGAAUGGCGAUUGAAAUGUCAUGGCUCUGCAUGGCCACGGCUUGCCAGCGCAUGUAGUACCUAUUGUCAGCAUCUUCGCCCCGUCGCCUUUUUCUGUGUGUGCCCCCCCCCCCCCCCCCUUCUUUCCCAUCGACGCGGAUUCCCUCCUUGCAAGAUAUGUCCCGCUUCCUCUCACCCCUGUCUUCUCACGGGACUGUUUGCACGGCUCACGUAUGAACGUUAGUUUGUCUUCAUGAAUAUUGAACAUCGCACUUCAAGUGUUUUUGCUUCCAUUCUUUCCCACUAGGUUUUGGUGUUAACGUAUCUUGUUAUGUUUCCAUUAAAAACAAGGCACCCUUCAUGUACAUCAUCUCGUCACUGCGUCAGUUUAUUACUGCUAAUAUUAUUGUUGUUAUAUAUUUUAGAGUACCCAGUGCCGCCUUCUCAGUACUGUUAUGGGUAAUGAAAUGAGGUAAAUAAUACAUGCACAUACCAUGCAACCACAAAUACAGUGUUGUCUAGUCUAAAACUGUCCGUAUUCUGGAAGGAUGAUCACAACGGUGAAAAGAAAUCAGACAUGUAUGGCGGACGAGAGAGGAUGCGUCAGUCCGUUUAAAGACCAUAUCGUGUGUCAUUGUAGUCGGGAAACUAAUGUUGAUUCGUUUUAGGAUGCCUCGCUGCCUGAAGGGGUUACAGUUACAGUGUAUUGUAAAAAAUGAAUUUCCGACCGGGUGUUUCGAAUACAUGUCACUCCCUUUGCCUCGAUCUUGAGAUUAUUGCUUAUCUAGUCAAUCAGCCAUGGGGAGAAAUAAACUAAGGAAGCGGCAACCCGUGAUUCGGCUGCAGUUAUGGGCGCAGUAGAGCAGAAAGGGCAGAGUUGUCCGCCAGCAGUGGUCCUCCGGCCGUGCAUGUGGCGUGUGCGUCCGGCGCUGCUGGCCACGUGGGGAGCGGGGCGAGGGGGGAGGUGCAUUAGCCCUGCGUCUGUUCAGCGCAGGUGUACAGACGAGCGAUUGUCCGUGGGAUUGCAAGAGGUCAACAUUAGUUCAGAUCGAAAAAUAGUGCAGGGUACAAGCAAACUUUACUGCGUGACAAGUGUAGACUAGUACAUGAAUUCUUCAUAUUUCAUGGCCAAUCAUAUCAGAUUUGGGUGAAAAUGAAAACGGCCAUCAAAUAAGAAUAAAAGCUUCUAGAAGUUACCAUUACAAGUUUUGAGCAUUCAUGUAGUUUGAAUCGGUUGCACAAAUUGUGGGAAUGACGCGGCGGGUGGCAGUGCGGGAUCCGCGACGGGUACUGGCGAGUCGCGUUUGAAAGCUGACGUGCGUGCGUGUGUGUGUGUUGCCGUGUCUGCCAGACGCCCCACCUCCCACCGCCCACCUCGCAUCCCGCAGACCCGCGCCACUCUGUAACAGCGCCAGCUUAUCGUGGUGCGAUUUGAUCUGGGAAGGGGCACGCGGGGGCAGGUCCCCGGUCCACGCUGUGCGCGGCGCUCCCGUCUAAAGUUAUGGGAAGGGCGUUUCUUAGACCAAACGACCCGGCGUUCGAAAGUCAGGUGCUGCGGGUGAGAAUGCACCGAGUUUAGUGCCCGCGGCGGGCGCGAGGGCGUGCCGAGGUGUCAUACACGAGACUCCAUCAUUACCCUUCGCCGAAUGCCGACUCCUAGCGUACUGUUCGAACAGUGCAAGGCCAACCCCUCAGGGUUAAUCCUGCAUGACCCGCCCGCGCCGAGGAGGCAGGUCGCCUGAAAUCCGUUACUGGUCGGGAAUUGAAGCAAUUAAGCGUCAGGCAGGGAUGGAUUCAGGUUUCAAUUUAAGCCUCGUAACCGUCUUGGCGGCGAAGGUGGCUGUGUUUGCUUGCGGGCUCUGUGAGGUUGAUUAAAACACAAUGCACGUCUGUGGCCACCUGUCCAUACAAGGCAGGAGCCCCCUCCUCCCGUGGCCCAAGGCCAGCAUAGGACUUUCAGUGUGACUGGCAUACUGGCUGCAUUUUGAAUCAAGGGCCGUUAUGAAGCGCGGCCCGGGUGCUCGCUGCACCUGCCUCAGGACGGGGGGGAUGGGGGGUAUCUUGAAGAGCUUCUUGCCCCAGAGGAGCGGCGGCGGCGCGGGCGGGCUCGCUUCGCCUCGGCCCCGGCACGCCGUGAAUGUGCAUAUUCAAGCAAGCAGUGACUAGGGAAAGCAGCCCAGCCGGCCGAACAUGCGGCAGGAUCAUGCUGAGCUGCCCAUCAUCGCAAUGGCUCUUGGGUCUACUGGUCCCUCCCCCGCGCGAAGUGCUUGUCAUGCGGGCGCGAAUUUCCGAAAUAAAGCGCCGUGGUCGUGCUGUCUUUGUUUUAAGCAGUGUAUAGGAGGCCACAGGCGUAAGGCGAGGGAACCUGUAGGCUUGCGAUUGAGGGAACCCGGUAACAUGUCUCGCGGCGACCCAGUCAUGCACGAGUGAGUCGUGGCAGGCAGGUCCGCCUCACGUCUACGGCAUUUCUUAUCGCUGGGCAGAGUAGCUUGUCAUGGCAAUUCAACCGCUUUGGCAACACUUCUAACAUUUGAAUUUGUCUGCACUGCCUGGCCGCCGCGCGCUGUGGGCAGGGCGACGUACACUCAAGGUGUCCCUCGGGGUGCCUCGGCCUUGGAGGAUUUCCUUGAAGGACAAGUUCAAAAUGCUCUUUCUUGCCCUGCAAGCCUUUGGUUUCGGACAUGCUGCCUCUUCGGUUUUCAUUUGGCCGUCAGCAGUGAUCGCCCUCUUCCUCUUUUCCUUUUCUCAAUGGGCUAUGAUACUUUGUCAUUUUAAUUCAGUCUUUUUGCUAUUGUUUUUGUUGUAUGCAGAUCACUCCCUUGCUCUCUCUGCCCUCCCCGCCAUAUUCUGUUUAUGCAUGCUCCUAACCGUUCUCCCUCCUACGUGUCCUCCACACAUUUCGGCCCUGCUCAUUCUCUCCGUUUCACAUCUGCGUCGUGGGUGCGGUGUUCGUGCCCCCCCCCCCCCCCCCUCACCCAUGUGUCCUGUUUACCCCGCGCGUGUGGCUGUGAGCGAGAGAGGAAUACAUUGAGUAAUGACCUAUUUCUGUGUUCGGUGCGGCUUCACGGCGAGUGAGUGCGUAGUGUUGUGCAGGAAAUAACACUGCACAAUUUCUUACAUGUAGAUGUCUGCGUUCGUGAAUGUUGAAUUAUUGUAAUAUGUAGUUUCCAGUGAACGUUUAUUUAAUGUAUAUAGUGCUAGCUGUGACCAAAUGAAGUGUGAUAGUUUCAUUCUAUGCGUGUCUUUGCCCGCUGAAGCAAGAUCAUGAGCCGCCCUGUGUAGGGCACAAGUGUUUGGAUUAUGUAAAUGUCUGUUUUCGCGCGUGCGUGUUUGUCUAUCCUGUAAUCAAGGUCGCAUGCAAGUAAGAGUGUCGGCGUCACCCCCAGUGUUUGUUGGUCUUGUUUGCCCCAAGUCAGUAACGUGUAAGUGAAACGGAUAUGCCCCCCCCCCCCCCUAAUGACUCCCGUGGCAAGGUCGUGUGACGCGCGCCUUCCGGGAGACGGGCCUCUGUUCGUGUGAUUUAAUGCGCAUUGAGAGAGUGGCUUUAUUCAUGUGAUUUGUCUGCGGACGUUUGUCGAAAUGAGAACGCCGAGUGAUGUGGCCCGGAAUGAGGAUCCAUUCGUCGUGACUGAGUGUGAGGCAGAGUGAGUGGCAGUGCGCGUGGUUACGAGGCUGAGAGCGAGUCGGCGAUGGAGCUUGGGGUGUCUAGAGAGAUCAAGAAAGUGACGCGAUUUCUCGUGGUAAUAUACGUGACUUAAUGACAAUAUAUAUGACGCGGCAAGUGACGCCGUGUCCCCGACUCCCUCUUUCAUCCCUGUUCCUCCUCUCCCUCCGGUAUCGGAAGGCCACUCGAGGGCUGGCGUCAGUUCAUGGCAACGUGGCUGAUGCUGCGAUUGCAAUUAGAAUCCCAGAAUCCGUAGAGAGACUGGAGCGGCCCCGCGCCCGAGUUCCCUGCCCGCCAAGUAGGGCAGGAGACGGGGAGCCGCUUGGCGGGGCCGCGGCAGGAGGGAUCGCCGUUGUAUCACUGACCCAUUUCGUCUCCCAAGUUAAAUGUAUGAUAUUUUUUUCUUGAUAAUAGCUACUGAUGACUGUAUAAGCAAGUGACUGGCCAAAGUCCUGUACAAAUUGUAAUAUAAAUUCACGGUUAUAAUUAAUAAUGAUGCUUAUGUAAAUAGAUAUUUUCCUGUA